AUGGAUUCCUAUUUCCUAUAUAUUAGUUAUGCUUAUGAUAAUACCAAUAUAGCGUGUGUUCAGAAGAGGAAGAUCAACAUAGCGUGUGUUCUGGAGACUAGAUGGAAGGGUAAUAGGGCACGAGAUUUAGACGGGUUUAAACUAUGGUACUCAGGGAGCGCUGGAGGUAAGAAUGGGGUGGGUAUUUUAGUAGACAGGGAUCUCAAGGAGCUCGUGGUUAAGGUAGGUUUGAAUGAGGAGGUCAAGAAGCAACUUUGGGAUUAUUUGGACGAGAUGGUGCGUAGUAUCCCGCACGCAGAGAAGUUGUUCAUUGGCGGAGAUUUCAAUGGUCAUAUUGGGGCUAGUGCUAGGGGUUAUGAUGUUGUGCAUGGCGGGUACGAUUUUGGGGAUAGGAAUGAGGGAGGUAAUUCACUGUUGGAGUUUGAUAGAGCUUUUGAUUUGGUUAUAGCUAACUCAAGUUUCCCGAAGAGGGAAGAGCACCUGGUCACUUUUCGAAAUUUAAUAGGCAAGACUUAG